AUGCUUCCCUCUCAGCUGAACAACUCCCCAAAGCGGGCGAGUGUGUUCGCGCGAUCUUCUCCUUCACCAGCCCCCCAAUCACAACCGCGCCCUAAAUCAGCUAUUAUCUCAUCUUCAAAUGGGCUAGAGAUUGGUAAAGGACAUCUUCGCAAUUCCUCUGUCUCGCAGUUAUCGCCGACCUUGUCUUCAGCCUCCAUAAACCGGGAACGAUCAAAUUCGCGCAAUAAUGUAGCGUCGGGGACAUUUGCCCCGAGUUUUAUUAAAUCCGAGGAGAUGCGACGGGGAGCAGAUCAAAUACGAGGACUGGAAGGAGAGAACGACUUCUCAGGAAACAAAUAUGUUUGGUUGCGCGAUCCACAGAAGGCAUUCGUUCGUGGUUUAGUCUUGGAAGAACUGGAGGGAGACCGACUACUUGUGCAAAGUGACGAUGGCGAGCAACGAGAAGUCGAUGCAGACCAAGUGGACAAAGUCAACCCCGCUAAGUUCGACAAGGCGGAUGAUAUGGCGGAGCUGACACAUUUGAACGAGGCCUCGGUGGUCCACAACCUUCACAUGAGAUACCAAUCAGAUCUGAUCUACACAUAUUCUGGUCUUUUCUUGGUUACCAUCAAUCCUUACUGCCCGUUGCCCAUUUACACGAAUGAAUAUAUCAAGAUGUAUAAGGGACGGGGCAGAGAGGAAACUCGUCCUCAUAUUUUUGCGAUGGCGGAUGAGGCAUUCAGGAACCUCGUGGAAGAAGGCGAGAACCAAAGUAUCCUUGUCACUGGUGAAUCUGGAGCCGGAAAGACCGAAAACACAAAGAAGGUCAUUCAGUACCUUGCAGCAGUUGCAACUUCCGAUACCCCAUAUGCGCGUUCAGGCACCAAACAAAUAUCCAAUCUGUCUCAGCAAAUUUUGCGAGCCAAUCCUAUUCUGGAAGCCUUCGGUAACGGGCAAACGGUUCGAAACAACAAUUCUUCACGUUUUGGUAAAUUCAUUCGGAUUGAGUUUUCGAGAUCUGGACAAAUUUCUGGUGCUUGGAUUGACUGGUAUCUGCUCGAGAAGUCUCGAGUGGUGAAGCCCAACUCCAACGAACGCAACUAUCACAUCUUUUACCAGCUAUUGCAGGGUGCCGACAGAAGUACCCGAGAAAAAUUGCUCCUGAAUGACCUUGAAAUCGAAGAUUUUGCCUACACUCGGGACGGCAAUGAUUCCAUUGUAGGUGUAUCCGAUAAAGAUGAAUGGAACUCCUUGAUUGAAGCUUUUCACGUCAUGAACUUCUCUGAGGACGACCAGCUGUGUAUCUUACGCACAAUUGCUGCUGUCCUCCACUUGGGUAAUGUGACCAUUGCCAAGGAGAGCCUACGAGCCGAUCAAGCCGCCAUUGGGCCCAAUGGGUAUGCUAGUGUCGAGAUGGCAUGCCGACUUCUAGGCAUUCCCGCAGAAUCUUUCGUCAAGGGCCUGCUGCACCCAAAGGUCAAGGCUGGUCGCGAGUGGGUAGAAAAAGUCCAAACACCUGAACAGGUUCGCUUGUCGUUGGAUGCCUUAUCAAAGGGUAUCUAUGAACGUGGAUUCGGCGACCUGGUCGCCCGGAUUAACAAGCAACUAGGGCGCUCUUUGACUGAUGAUAAUUACUUUAUCGGUGUACUUGAUAUCGCUGGAUUCGAAAUCUUUGAGAACAACAGCUUUGAACAGCUCUGCAUUAAUUACACCAAUGAGAAACUGCAGCAGUUCUUCAACCAUCACAUGUUUGUUCUUGAGCAAGAGGAAUAUGCCCGGGAGCAAAUUGAGUGGCAGUUUAUUGAUUUUGGCAAAGACUUACAACCUACCAUUGAUUUGAUCGAGCUUACGAAUCCCAUUGGCAUUUUUUCCUGUCUUGACGAAGACUGUGUGAUGCCCAAGGCCACGGACAAAUCUUUUACUGAGAAGCUGCAUUCUCUUUGGGACCGCAAGACCCCUAAGUACCGGUCUUCUCGCCUCAGUCAAGGCUUUGUUCUUACCCACUAUGCGGCCGAGGUGGAAUACAGCACACAUGAUUGGCUUGAAAAGAACAAGGAUCCAAUGAAUGACAACAUCACUCGCCUUCUUGCCACAUCUGAUCACCCACAUGUUGCAAACUUAUUUUCAGACUGCGCCGACCCCGAGGAGGGAAGUGAGAAUCCAAGAAGCCGGGUGAAGAAGGGGUUGUUCCGAACAGUAGCUCAAAGGCACAAGGAACAGCUGUCCAGCUUGAUGACCCAACUCCACUCUACUCACCCACAUUUCGUGAGAUGCAUCCUGCCAAAUCACAAAAAGCGACCAAAAAUGCUUCACGCUCCAUUGGUUUUGGACCAGCUCCGCUGCAACGGUGUGCUAGAAGGAAUUCGAAUUGCCCGCACUGGUUUCCCUAACCGCCUGCCAUUUGCUGAAUUCCGCCAGCGUUAUGAAGUGCUUUGCCAGAACAUGCCCAAGGGCUAUCUGGAGGGCCAGGCCGCUGCGCAAAUAAUGCUAGAAAAGCUUGGCAUGGAUCGGGCAUGGUAUCGCGUCGGCCGAACGAAAGUUUUCUUCAGAGCUGGUGUCCUCGCUGACUUGGAAGAAAAGCGUGAUAAACUCAUUCGGAGCAUUAUGUCACGCUUCCAAUCUGUAGCCCGAGGAUUUAUCCAACGACGCAUCUCGAAUAAGCGUCUCUAUCGAGCGGAGGCAACUCGUAUCAUCCAACAAAAUUUCCAUUCUUACCUUGACUUGAAAGGCAGUCCUUGGUGGCAACUGUUCUCAACAAUGAAGCCUCUUCUUGGCGAUACCCGGAACGCGAAAGAAGUCAAGAAGAGAGAUGACAGGAUCAAGGAGUUGGAAGCGAAGAUGACUCAAGAUAUUUUUGACCGGCAGAAGCUCGACGAAGAAAGGCGACGCACAGAGAUGGAGAUUCAUAAAAUCCAGCAGACUUUGGAGGGUGAGCGUGCCCUGGCUCUCGACAAGGAGGAGAUUUUCAAGCGUCUCCAACUUCGAGAAGGAGAACUUGCAGAGAAACUGUCAGAGGCGAUCGCCGACCAGGAGUCCCUCGAGGAACAACUAGACGAGCUAGUCGAUGCAAAGAAGCGAACCGAUGACGAACUUGAUCUUCGAAUUACACAGCUUGAGCAAGCGGGUCAAAUCAUCGAACAACUUGAGGCAGAGAAAAAUCAAUUGCAAUCUCGACUAGAGGAGGUCAAUGGAAAGCUUUCCGAAGCUGACGCACAAUUCACCGCCAAAGACGCUCAAAUCCAAGAGUUAGAUCAGGAAAUCAAAAUGCUUCAAAGCCACCUCGGUUUGAAGGAUCGGAAACUUCAGGACCUGGAGGCAAAAUUGCUUAAGACGGACCAAGACCUUGAUAUCAAGCUUGCCAACACUUCAAAAGAACUUGACAAGUCGAAGAAGGAGGUUCGGGAGUUGUUAGAUGUGAACAGAUCUAUUCGCCAGCAAAUAUCCGAGCUGUCGACGACCUCCACUGGCUAUGAGGAGAUGCUUCGACGAAAAGAGAGCGACAUGGUAAUUUUGCGCAAUGACGCGAAGAAGUAUGAGGAGGAUAAGCGAACCUCCGAGGCGGAGAAGAAAACCCUUGCGACCCGUCAUGACAGCAUGCAAAGUCGUCUUCGAGAGGUCCAGGCAGAAAGAGAUGCUAUGCGCUCUGAAAAGGCCCAGCUAGAGCGUGAAGCUGCAGAUGUCAAGAAGCUGCUGGAGGAAAAGAGAUCUGAAGAUGCAGAAGCGGGCCAGAGCAGAAAGUUGCUUGAACAGCAGGUCCAUGAUUUGAAAGAUCAGCUUUUCAAAACCGAAGCAGAUCUCAGCCGCGAACGCCAGUCAAGAGACGAUGUUCAGAUGCUCGCCGAGCACAACCUGAAGGACCUGUCCAAAAAGUACGAAGAACUCAAUGAUUCGAAGAUUACUAUCGAAAAAGAGAUGUACAUUCAACAGGAUAGUCUUCGUCGUGCUACCGAGGCUCGUGUUGCUGCCGAGGCGUCUCGCAAGGAUUUACAAUCCGAACUGAUCAAGCUUCGCGACCGAUUUACGGAUGCAGAGAGCGCACGCUUAAAUGCGGACGCCGAAGCCGAACGUAAGAUCAAGAAGCAAGCCGAGGAGCAUAUCAUGGGUCUGCGCAACGAUCUCGACGAGAAGGCUCGCCAGCUUGAAGAGGUCGAUGCAGAGCGUUCUCAACUAUCUGCUCGCAUUCAAGAGCUGAUGCAUACCAUUUCGGAAUCUGAUAACUUCCGUAUUCGCCAUGACCAACACAAGGAACGUCUGGAACGAGAACUUGUGACUCUACGCGGCCGACUCACGGCCUCUGAGAAUGACAACCGCUCCCUUUUAACCAAAAUUCAGCAGAAGAAUCUUGACAUCGCUCGAUCCACAUCCAAGGCCAGUGAUAAUAACCGAUUGCGCCUACAGACCCUCCAGAAGGAGAAGGCUAAGCUGGAAGAAGAUAACAAGAAUAUCAGUCGCCAGAUGGGAGAUCUGCAGAUGACCAUCACGUCUUUGGAGAAGCAAAAGGAGAAGCUGACCUUGAACGUGGAGGAUCUCAACCAUGAAGUUAACCGCGAACACAAGACAAGCCGUAAUGCUGAGAAAGCUGCCUCUACUGCCAAUCUUCAACUAGCCGAGGUAAACCGCACUCUCGAGAAUGAACGGCAAAUGCGAAGUCAGGCUCAGGCGAAUACUCGGCAAACUCAAGGUGCUCUGGAUAGAGCCAACAAGGAAGUCGAGGACUUGCAUCGCCAACUUAUUCUUUUGCACCGGGUCUUUGAGCCAGAAGCAACUGAGCCAGCUCAGUCAUGGGAGGCAGUUCAGCCUCAUCUCUCUAAACAAGUUGAUAUGGCGCAAGUUCUUGAUACUGUACAGCAUAGACUUCGGGUCACAGAAGAGAAAUAUGCUAGGGCUGAAAGCCAACUUGCAGAGAUGCGUCGUCGCCACGGAGAUGAGAUGAAGGACCUGGAUGCCAAAUACUCCUCAUCAAAGCGUGCUUUGCUUGAAGAGAUUGACCAAAACGAGGUAGCCAACACUCGCUCACCCGCACACUUCCGCAAGAACUCCGAGAAUGCCAUGAAACGGAUGUCUAACCCGACCACACCCAACCGCCGCUAUAAUGCCUACGAUGCGGUCAAUGACUCUGCCAGAUCAGACAAGACAGUCGAUACCCAGGGCUACCAACGCCGGAUGGAUGCCGCGGCUGAAAUUGAGGAGCUCCAGAACAAGCUCCAAAUGACUGAGAUGCAGAACAAGCAUCUUCAGAGCCAGCUUGCCCAGUCCACUCCAUCUCAAGACAUUUGGCAGGACGACAGUCCGUCAAUCCGUCGGGUCCACCUCUUGGAGCGCGAAAAUGGACGUCUUCAUGACCAACUUGAUGAUUCUGCCAAGAAGUUUUCGACAUUGGAGCGUAGCAUCCGGUCCGGGGAACUAUCACUCCGCGACGUCCAGGCUAAGUCACACGAAGAGCUAUACGACCUGAUCAACUCCCAGGAACAAUCUCGCCGCUCCUUGCUCAAGGUUCACAAUGACACGAUGGCUGACUUUGGGGAUGCCAAGGGUCACUUUGAGAAGUUGAAGCGAAGCAAGGCCGUCUUGGAAGUUGAACUGCGCGAUGCCCGUUCUGAGACUCAGGAGAUGCAGUACAUUCGGGACCAGGAUGUUCAGAGCCGGAACCAACUCUUGCAAGAAUUUUCAGACUUGCAGAUCCGCCUCGACGCCGAGACUUCAAGAACGGCUGAUCUUGAAUCAAGCCUUAUACUGUACAAGAGCCGAGCUGAUGAGUACUUCAGUAAGCUUGAACAGGCGGAAAUCAGUGUCCUCAAGGCCAACCGUGCAGAACAAUUCGCCAAAUCGCAAGGCAAAGAGGCUGAAGAGACCUACGCUCAGAUCAUGUCCGAGAGGAAACAAAUGGAUGAUCUUGUGGAAGACUUGCAACGUCAAACACAGGCUUUAGAAGCUCGGAUGGAGGACCAGGCUGCCGAGCUUCAGGGCGCUUUGCAAGCCAAGCAACGUCUUCAGAAUGAGCUCGAAGACUACCGAAGCCAACGCGCCAUUGAUAUUGAAGACAAGGAAACUUCUAUGGAACAGACCAGACAGAAAUAUCAACGGGAAUUCUCCACCAUUAAUGGUGAGCUGGAGAUCGAACGAGAGCGUCUACUGAACGUCCGGGGCGAAAAUGGUCGACUGCGAGAAGAAUUGGAGGACCUGCGAAGCAAGUGGGACAACGAAGUUCUUAACAGCUCAACCUGGUCGAAAGAGAAGUCCCGCAUGGAGUUGGUUGUGCAGGAUAUCACUACCUCCCGAGACGAGGCUAGCAAGGCCCAUAACGAAGCUCAACAGAAGGUUGUCUCCCUCCUAUCCCAGGUACGGAACCUUCGUACUUCCGUUGAGGAUACGACCGCAGAACGUGAUCUCCUUCUGAAGGACAAGAAGAUGCUUGAGGGCCGGUUGGCUGAGGCUGGCGAACGUUUGGAAGACCUCGCCAAGGGUGAAAGUCCCUCUAUGCGAAACGCAGCCAGCAUGGACCGCGAACUGUUGGAGCUUAAGUCCAAACUUGCGCAACAAGAGGAUGUCUCAUCUGCUGCUGUUGGCAAGAUGCGCCGCGCGGAUGCUUUGGCUACCGAAAUGCAAAAGGAGCUCACUGCCGAGCGUGAAACCAACAGUCAACUCUUCAAGGAUAAGGCUGGCUUGGAGAAGCAGCUGAAGGAGAUUCAACUUCGAUGCGUUGACCUUGAGACCAAGAGCUACUCUUCUGGCAGCCAAGAUGUGCGAUUCUUGCACAAGCGAAUCAAGGAGUUGGAGGCUCAUCUUGAAGACCAAGAGACCAAGAAUAGCGCCGAGCAACGUUCUCUUCGCAAUGUCGACCGCACAGUCAAGGACCUGCAGGCACAGAUUGACCGACGCGAAAAGAUGAACGGCCAGUUGAAUGAAGAGCUCAAUAAGGGUCGUGAUAAGAUCGAGCGACUUCUACGCAACAUUGAUGAACUCCAGCAAGCCGACACCGACACACAGAUGCAGGCACGUCGUGCUGAGCGGGAGCUUCGCGAAGAACGAGAGAAGGCAUUGCGCCUAGAAAGGGAAUUGGAAGGGUGGAAAGCUUUACGAGUUGAACGAACCAGCACCAUCGGACGCUUGCCCAUGGCUGCCAUGAGCGAUGUCGGUAGUCGACGAGGCAGUGCUGCUUAUGGGUCUAAUGACAUGCCCCAGCGAAAGCCUAGUAACACUAAAGGCUUCCUGUGA